AUGGAUUAUGUUGAGAAGAGGAUGGCUGCUGAAGCCCAAAGACCUGCUGGUGCAGAAGUCGCCAGUCUAGCCACACCACUCAAUCUCCUCCUCCUCAGUCUCGCCGCCCUCGUAACCUACAUGUCCUUCCGUCCCAAAAAAGCAAUUCCCAUCCCUGCCGCCCCGGCUCCAAUCGUCUUCCGUACCUUUACACCUCCCGAACUCGUCCCCUUUUCCGGUCUGAACAAUACACCCGUCUAUCUCGCCGUUCGCGGUCGCGUAUUCGAUGUUAGUAAUGGAAGAAACUUUUACGGACCAGGAGGACCAUAUGAGAAUUUUGCAGGAAGAGAUGCAAGUCGUGGAUUGGCGAAGGGGAGUUUUGAUGCGGAAAUGUUGACGGAGGAUUUACAGGCUGAGUUGGAUGAUUUGAAGGAUUUGGAUGCGGAGGAGUUGGAGGCGUUGAGGGGUUGGGAGGAGAGGUUUGAGGAGAAGUAUUUGGUGGUUGGGAGGUUGAUUAGUUGUGCUCAGAAGGAGAGGGAGGAGAAGGAGAAGGCUUAA